CCCUUUUUGAAUGUAGGUUGGAUGUAGGAUUCUGUUUUUCUUCUCCAGGCUUCCAGCACCUCACCAUCUCUGCUGACAUAAACUUUUAUCAGGGAACAAAAAAAAACCAGCUCUCAGAUUGACAGAAUCUUCCAAACGGUUGUGAGCAUUCACCUAACAAUCAUUUGUAUGUUUAGCCCACGAUGCAAAUAAGUGCCGAGAACGUGGAGUCUAGCUCUUGAUGGUCAAGGAUACCUCACCCUCCCAGUCUUUCCAGUUCCUGCUAAUCGGAUGCGCCAUGUGGGGACUCUGACAACCAGAAUUGUAAAGGUAAUCACAGGAGAAGCAAAGGGUACGUACAUUCUCACUGAAAGGCGAACGAAGAGGAGGACACAAGCGCUUUGAUUGCCUGCCUCUGCUUUCGUAUAUGUGGCAGCCGGUGCUUUUGGCUGGGAGCCCAGGCAGGGCUUUUGUAAUCAAAACAUGAUCCUGUAUGCUGUGCAACCAGUACUGAGAAAGGCCGACGGAUGGCUCUCCUCUUUUAGCCCUGCUGUGGAAUCUGCCGAGCUUCACCUCUGAUGUCCAAAAUGCACCAUUCUGAUGUUGCUAUGGAUGAUGCAGUGUUGCAGAAAAAAGAAGAAAAAGAUGUUGAACUGGAUAAAAAAAUUCUGGCUUUGAGGAAGAAGAAUGAAGCUCUUAUGAGAAGAUAUCAAGAAAUAGAAGAAGACAAGAAACAAGCAGAACGAGAAGGAAUGGCUGUCACUUCAAGGAAGGCUAGGCCAGAUGGCCUUACCAUCACCAUCACCAAACCACAUCAUGAGAAAAGGAUUGUGAACGAGAAGUGGGGAAGCAGUUGCUCUUCUGCCUCAAGCUUUGGGGUUGGUAGUGAGGAAGACGAUGAAGAAAGUGAUCACGUCUUCACAUUCAGGAUGGGGAAACGGGUUCAGUUGGCCGUGACCAUGGACAACAAAGGCAAGGGAAAGCGGGUUGUCCGAGAAAAAUGGGGAUCUGAGGAUCCUGGGAAUCCAGCAGAGGCCCCAGAUAUCAGCGAAGAAGAGAAGGAUGAGCGGCUUGCUUUCUGUAGAGGAAGAAUGCAGAUUGCAAUUACAAUGGAAAACAAAGGAAGGACAGAUGAAAGGAAAACCACAGAGAGGAAGUGGUCUGGGGAAGACAACCAUCCGAAGACUGCACACCUCAGAAAGGAAAGAGAGAAUUCUCCGCAGGAGAGCCCAGUAGAGAAAAACUGCCCCCUGGCUGGGAGAGAACGGUCAGAGUACAUGCAAUGGAAGAAAGAACGGGAUCAGAUUGAUCUUGAGCGGCUCACCCGCCACAAGAAUGCAAGGGGCGAAUGGCGACGGGCUUGGGAUGUAGAGAAAACCAAGGGCAUGUUUGAGGAUAUAAGGGAUGGAAAACCAGUUUUGGACUGUCCCCAGAAUAAAAAAGGGGGAAAAAAUGUCUGGAAGUCCCAGCUACGAGCUCUACCUUCUGAUGGGAAAAGCGGAGGACAACGCAGGAAGAGUAGCACUGAAUCAGUUUCCAGAACACUACUGGUAGCAAGCAGCAAAGCCAGAGGGAAAGACAGGUUGACAGGCAGAGCCAGAAGAUGGGAUGUUAAGGAAGGUGAUGAAAUGCCCUUUUUAAAAGAUGAACUUGAUAAUCAGCAAUCAAUUAACAUGGAAGAACAAAAGAAUCUAACUCUGGUUGGUGAAGUAGAGAAAGAGCACCAUUGUCUACCCAGUCUAGAGAAUUGUAUAAAGCUAAAAGAAUCGAAUGUUCCUAUGCCACAGACCAAAAGAAGCGAAAUGGACCCAACUUCAAGGGAAGCCCAAAGCCCAAAUGAAAAAACCGGAAGGGGCCUUACCCAGGAUGUCAGUAGAGAUGAGACUGAAGUAAAUCUCAAACUCAAUAAGGCAAUAUCCGGCCCUGAUUUGUCUCCUAAGACUAACUAUAAGAAUAGCUGUCAGGAAAUUUCCAGAGUGAAGGCUUCUAGGAACGCAAUUCAAGAAAUCCAUGAAAAUUUCUUAGAUAAAAACACAUGUUCUGAAAGGCACCCUGAGCAGAAUUCUGCUGACAAUUUUAACAAGCUGCCAGAUGUGAUGGGAAUAGGCACCAGAGGCCAGGAAUUGUCAAUAAUGAGUCAAACAGGAGAAAUCCAUAUUGGAAGCCUGAAGAAGCAGGUGGCUCUUGGGACAGAAAAGAUUAACACAGCCUGCCUUGCAAAUGGGGAGGAAAACAAGGCUUCCGUUGGAGAAAUUCAAGGGAAAAGGAAUGAAUGUGCACCAGAAGGAACAAAAAUGUGCAACUUGAAGCAAGAAAACCCUGAGUCAUGCAAUAAGGAAGCACAUAAUUAAUCUAAGGAUGAAUUGAGCGCCUAGCAGGCUGAAGUUUAGCAUAUGGCAUUUUGUUCAUUUAUAUAGAUUUUAUAGUGUAUACUAUCUUAAGGCUCAGGGAAGGCAACCUAUUGACACCUAAAAGAUAUGGGGUGCAGUCCCCCACAAUGUUCUUUCUAAAGCCCUAUUGAUAUGAACCAUCAAAAUGCAAGAUCUGAGUAAAUAUGCCUAUUGUAAGAGCACUGAGAUUUGAGGGAUGAGGAAGUAUGGUAUUACUUAGUUUAAACUGAGGUGAUAUGGUUUACAGAUUCAGAAUAUUCAAGGAUAUGUCAAGUUUGAUGAAGACCAUGCCUACAAGAAGGCAGCAACAAUGAUGAAGACUUAGAGAUCAAAGCUUAGGGGGAACAUCUGAAAAAGAUGUAUAUGCUUAUCCUAGAGAACAUAUCAUCAAGAGGUGAUAGGAUAAUUACUUCAAGUUAUGGAAGCCUGGGAGAUAGCUGAUAGAAGAAUCAUUAUUCUGCAGAGCAAGAUGCAAAUCAGUAGGGCAAAUAUUAGGAAGAUCUUCCUGAUGGAAGUGGAAAUGAAAACUAAGAGAUUUUUCAGCAGAGGAUGGCUGCCUUUCCGUCAGAGUUCUUGUUACAAUACUUUUUGCUUUGGUGAAGUUUGCACUUAGUUAAUUUUUGAGUUUUCUUUCAAACCUGGGAUUGUUUAAAUAAAUGAUUUUUUAAAAAGCUUUAAGCUUUA